GAAGAAUCAUUACAUAUGUGCAAAAAGGGGCAGGUCAUAGCUGAACAUAGUACUAACAACUUAUUAACUGCUCAUUUCCUUUAUCUAUAAAUAAAGAGAUGGUCAUUUCAUCUCUCACUCAGUGUAGCUGUUAUUUGGAUAUUUUGCUGCUGAUAGAAAAUUAUGUUGCUGUAUUUGAUUGUACUUUUGCAGCUCUUUCAACUCAUUGCUGCAAAUGCAGCUACUUAUACAUUUCAGUCUUCAUCAAUAACAGUCAAUGAGGGAGAGUCAGCAGAAAUUUGUGUUGUGAAGGAUGGUAGUCACAUAUCAGUCCAAAACUUGGUUUAUAUUCAAGUUGAAGAAAUAAGUGCAGUUCGUGGGGUAGACUUCAUUGCCAGUGAUCAGAUAGUUAUAGAUUCUAUGAGUGGUCAACUAACAGCUUGCACUAAUAUAUUUAUACCCUUUAAUGAUGAUAGUGAAACUGAUGAGAGUUUUAGAUUAACAAUUAUCACAUCACCUGUUAAUGUUCAUGCAUAUUAUGUUGGUAUGGCCAACGUUGCCACUGUUACUAUUAAAAAUGUAAUUGCACCUUUGUCAUGUAAAGAGAAGCUGCUGUUGCUAACUUGCAAGACCAUUGAAAUGACUGGAAAAAACCUGCCAAGGCCAUGUAUCCCUGCACUUGGCAAUCCAUGAAGAAGUGUUGCCCUUAUUUCGCAGUGUUUAAUACUUGAAUAUUGCUAGGCGAUUGUCAACUAUUGAGUUGUUAUAAUUAAAUUUUUGUGUGCAAUUACAAAAUUUUUGUUUUGCCUAGGCCAAUUAUCUUAAUCUAUCUAUUUGUAGUUAUUAUUUACACCUACAUGUCUGUUUGUGUCAUAAAGUAUUUAAUUAUUAGUUAUUAAUAAAUUAUUAUUAUUAAGUUUAA